CCGUUCGGAGUGGACGUGUUUUCGCCUGUGCUCGUAAACCGGUUCCAUGUGCGUUUUCCUAUAAUAUAUUAUAUGCUUCUGGUUGGUCCAUAUUUUACCAAAGUGCACAUCAGAUUCUCCGGCCCUUCCUGCGAUUGUGGUUCUGCAUGUGUGUGAUUCGUGGGAAAUUUAUUUUUAAUUGAGUGUACAUGCCCGCCGGUGUAGAUAUUUCAGUUAGUGCCGCCAAAAGUGAAAAAGAACAACCUGGCACCUGGCAUCGGUAGAUGACGGAUUAUCAAUUACGACACAUAGUGAAGCAGUGCCAGUUUGCGACGGAGACGCAUGGUGUUUUGUGAUAUUUUUUUAUUCGCAGGAAAAUGAUUCAUUUAAGUCAGUCGCUUGUUGGUUGGAUGCUCACAGUGUUUUUUUCAGCUGCUGGCAAUUUGGAGAAAAAAGUUUAAAAAUAGCAUUUCGAGGUCUUCAGCAUAAAAGUCUGUGAAUGAGAAUUUUAUACUGCAGAGUCCGGCUGAGUUACAGAGAACAGGCAAAUAAGUGUAACUUGAUACAUUUCCAAUACGAAUCGCGCGCGUUGUGUGAGCUCGGUUCAAAUAUCACCAAGCUCUACUGACGAUGUCUAGCGAAAUGGAUUCACUCUCGGUGUUGGUAGAAUUAAAACAGUAACUCGCAGAAUUCAUACGUAUCGUGCUAAUUUUGAUCCAGUUCUGAGGUGGAGAAUAUUACGGGACCUGGCACGGAAGUUAGCAAACAUUCAGUUAUACUUUUUCACUGGGCGAAUUAAUUGGCUUGACAGCAAAUUCACGUUCAGAUGCCGGGUACCAAUUAGUGCAGGCCUCGUUAGAGGCUUGUACCUGAGUAGAACGCAGGCUGACAUAAUCGUGAUAACUCUAUCCCGAACCAUCCAAACACCGAUCGAAGAAAGAUGCGGAUCAUGUCGUUAAACAUUGCGUUGCCGUUGUCGUGCACCGAUCAAUAAGUGCUCGAAUUUGAGGAUCAAAUAUUUUUCUGCUCGGCUGAACCGCGUGGGAUAGAGUUUUUUACGGUUCCAUUGGAUUGCGGUCGGCGGAUAGAGUGACGUCACAUCAUUGACCCAGUCCACCGUUUGACUACCUUCGGGUGCGGUGUGUGUAUGUAUGUGUUUGGAUGUUUUUAGUUUCUGCCCGAAACCGACGAUCGAUUGCUCAUAGAGGCAUGUGAAAAGGAUCAAAUUUCACGACAGAAACGGGUUACGUGAAGCGCGAGUGUAAACUCCGAGGCGAACGUUUGCUGACCUGGCUGCUGGUUGACCAAUCAGUCAGAAAUCGUCGACUUAUGGAUCUAGUCAUGGCAGCGCCGGCCAAAAGUUCUUCGCCCCACCGGAUUAAGGUCAAGAAGGAGGUUUGCAGCGAAACGGAGAAUAUUAAGGACUUUGCAGAGACGGCCAUGAACGAUAUUCUCGGCUGGUACGGCUACGGGGACAGUGUGGAUCGUAUCGAUAUCGCAUUGUCCUCGUCUACCCCGGCUGUCGGAAGUGAAUCCAAUCGCAGUAGUAGCGGCUGCAACAAGGAUAAUAACGGCACAAGUAAAGGCUCAUCCACAAUGAAACCGAAGCACAACAAAGCCCAGCAGCAGCAGCACAAGCCAAGGCAAUUCAAUAUGCGGCAGCAUAAUUCCAGUGAGCUAAGUGAUACUAUUGCAACGGUAGCAGUCAUCGCGUCAGGUAUACCAUCGCCAUCAGCCUUGUUAGGGGCGACUGCCAGCUGUGGUAAUGGCAGUGGGGGCGGCGUAGCAGGUGGCUGCACUGGAUCUGCCUCCAAUAGCAUCAAAAGCAGAAGCGGUGGCAGUACUACCAGUGGCAGCACCACCACCACCAACAACAAUAAUAACAACAAUACCAACAGCAGCAGCAGAAAUGGUGUUAAUUUACAUCACCACGGGGAUAGCUCGACUUCCGAGAAGGACAGCUCACGGGAAAGUUCCAAAAGUCCGAUGCUACUGAAGAUGCUGGACAAGCAAGAACCUAUAUGUCAGUGGUGCCGGCGUGGAGUUCCGCCAAAUCAUACUGGUAUCUUGGGCACAACGGAGGGCACCAUCUUCUGUUCGGAAUCGUGUUUUUCUCAAAGUAGGCGUGCAUCUUUCAAACGCGCCAAAACGUGUGAUUGGUGCCGCCACGUUCGGCAUGCUGUCAGCUAUGUCGACUUCCAGGACGGCGUCACCCAGCUGCAAUUUUGCUCGGAGAAAUGCCUGAACCAGUACAAGAUGCAGAUUUUCUGCAACGAAACGCAAGCCCAUCUGGACAUGAAUCCACAUCUGAAGGAGAAAAGUGCUUCAACUGGAAGUCUCAUAACUCCCGAUCUGUGGUUGAAGAAUUGCAAAAGUCGGUCCGUUUCACCAGUAUCCGAUCGGUCGGAAUCGAUCUCUCCAGCUCCAUCGUUGCCAAUGCGUCCAUCGCCAGAGCCGGUCAUGCCCUCGCCGUCCGUUAAAAAACCAAUUAUUUCUGUGGCCCCUCCUUCAAAAUUACUUUCGAAAAAUGUACAAGCGGCUAUUACACGAACAGUUGUAAAAUCAACUCGCAAGCGCCGCUCUGGACUUCGUCCACACCAACAAACCGUUCUUCACUGUCGAAGGAAUCCAAAUAGCAAGCUGAAUAUUCCCCAAGGAAAUAACAACAAUAAUUCCGACGUGUUGAACAAUAAUCUUGCUAUUAAUAGUACACCAUCAAUAUCGAAACCUGCCACUUCCACCGGUAGUAACGUUCAGGAUUUGCGAACCGGCAUAAUGAUCUCGAAUUUAACACAUCCAACGAAAUUCGAAUCACGUGAUUCUCCAUCAACUCCUCGGCCUCCAUUAAACGCAAUACCACCACCCUUUCUUCAACUCCCGCCGAAUGUGGGUAUGAGGCAUCCAUUCUUCCCACUUAAUUCAAACAUCCGUUACGGGUCGCCGCCAUCUCCUCAAAGUGCCAUGCCACCACCUCCCCCUUUGAGUAAUCCACUAACCAAUUUGGAGGGUUCAACUCGCCAUUCGUCAUCUAUAUUUGGUUUACCGGCACCUCCCGUAACUAUUCUCGUGCCAUAUCCGAUAGUGAUUCCACUACCUCUUCCCAUUCCAAUACCAAUCCCGUUGAUCGAUUUCCUGAAAGCAACGGCUCCGAAAACGAAUUUGGAUCCAUCCAAGGUGGAAUCUGCCACGAGUGAGUCGACGUCAUUAAGCACAGCCGAGCUUCCGAUUAACUUCAGUGAUAACCGGGAAGGGUUGAGUGAAGUUGAACCGGAAGAAGGAACGGACGAACUUCCGUUAGACUUCACUGUUAUGAACCCUGAACAGCGAAGAUUAAGGGAGGCAGAACAAACAGUAACUGUACGAUCAUAUGAACGAACAAGUAAUGUAGGAAACUAUUCACUGGAGACCAUCAAUCAUGGCGCAAGGGUUGUCGACAUUGGGGACAGAAGUCCGGAACAAAAGUUACCGAAAUUCAAGAUUACCAGAGUGAAUACACGAUUAGCAGAGUGUGACCCAGCAGAUCGAAGUACGAGCGGCGGAGAUACUAAAGAAUCUUUGUCCAUGAAAGAUAGUGAUGCGGAAAGUAGAGAAAUGGUAGAACGGAGUAGGCCUCUGCGUAAACGUAAAAGAUUAGUGGUGCAUCACGAGGAAGCUACUGUAGUAUCUCCCAAGGAAAGAGAUUCUGGUGAUGCUAAGGAAUAAGCGACAAAAGGAUUAUGUAUGUACGCUUGGCGAAAGAGAAAACUCGUGAAAUGAAAUCCAAUGCUCAUGAUACACAGAAGUCUAUUUUUAUGCGAAAUUCUCAAUGUUAUGCGGCGUUUUUAAUGCAAAAUUUCAAUGUUAUGCGGUUUAUUAACGUAGGACUGAUUUUUGUUAUUUUUUUCGAUUACAGAUGUUUCAACCUUAAGGUCCUUCAUAUUUUCGGGUUAGAAAAGAUUUCUGACCCGAUGAAUGGGGUUUAGAAUCGUACCCAGCUGGGCUGCAAGAAAGCUAUUCCCGUUCCCUUGUCUUUGUUUUUAUAUGGGGGUGUUAAUUCCAAAUACGAAAAAUUAGUUGUUAGAGUUUGAAUAUCUACUGCUCGAUCACUGUUAAACAGAUUUUGAAUAUUACAGUACUUGGAAAUAUUUUACCAAUCGAUUCAAGUUGAUGGAACUGUAUAUUUUUAAUAAUUAGUAAUCGAUACUUGAAUUGUUGAAGACAAAUUCCGAAUUUUUCCAAUUGGCCAAGUUUUUAUCAUGGCUUUCUCUAAUAGAGAUGACAAUUUCGUGUACAUAAGUUCAUUUUGCAUAGCAUAGAUGCUACUAUUUAAAUAGAACCACACAACCAAAAUUAGAAUUGAACCGGCUUGGACGCUGGGUGUUUCGUUAAUGCCGUAAAGAAGAUUACUGCGCUCGUCAGCAAUUAGCGCCGUUCGCCUACCGACAUAAUGAGCAUUAAGUAGAUUCUGAACUGUGUGUUUAUUUUUAUCGAUCAAAAGUGUUUUUGAGUUCGAAAUACGCAUGAUAGACCUCUGUAUGUCCAACAUUCCCCCUUUAAAAUUUCGUCAUCCAGUAGGGCUUGAACCGGGUUGGCGGUCAAACCACUUGGUUUUGGGUCUUGACCAAGAAAAUUCUAUGAAUAUGAGCCCGAAAUAAAAAAAAACCUGUUUUAAUCCACCUAGUGGUGUAAUGAUGCCUUUCUCAUAUCAAUCAUACUAUCAUAUAUAAUACUGUGGUAUACUUCAAAAUAUUUUUUUUUCGAUUUUUAAAAGAAUUACCGAAAUCGGUUUGUUUCACCGUCUACUGAUAAAAACUAUCAAUUGGAGAAGAUUUGAGGCCGAUUUAGAAAACUUUUCUCGGAUUUUCACACUUUUCAGUGAUGGUAUAAAAUAUUUACCACACUUUUCCCUAUAUUGCCAGAUUCGGAAGUCGGAUCCGGAUGAAAUUCAGGAAUUACGUAUGGGACCACAGGACCUUUCAUUUGAACUUAAGUUUGUGAAAAUCGGUCGCGCCAUCUAUGAGAAAAGUUAGAACACAUAUUUUCAUUUUUUUGCACAUUUUAUCCCUUAAUUCCGGAACCGAAAGUCGGAUCCAAGUAAUAUUUAGGAAUUUUGUAUGGGACCACAAGACCUUUCAUUUAAAUCUAAGUUUGUGAAAAUCGUUUCAGCCAUCACCGAGAAAAGUUAGUGCGAAAAAACGUUACAUACACACACACACACACACACACACACACACACACACACACACACACACACACACACACACACACAGACAUUCAGAUAUUUUGUGUACUCGACGAACUGAGACGAAUAAUAUAUGACACUCGGUCAGAGAUGCCAGGUAAAAAUUUCAAAUAUCUGCGGACAGGGUUACAAAAGUAGCAUUUUGCUGUAUUCAUCUAGUUCUGUAUCUACAAAAUUCGCAUUAUCUAAAGUGAUUAUUUGCAGGAAGCCGGGCAAAUAUUCGGUCAAGUCUUUCUACGGUCUCUUUCGCAGUUCAUCGCCACUUCCUAGUAAACACUGAAGUAGUCAAUCAUAAAGAGUAAAGAAUUUCCACAAGGUUAGAGCCCGAGAAAAUCAAUAAACAUUUCAAUCCAUGGCUUCGAAGGCAUUUCACGACGAUGCCUGGGCUUUGGUUUAUUAGGCAAGCUCACUAAUCUACACCCGUCACAUUGCUUUAUCCCCUUCUUUGCAUCCCGAUCCAUUCCGGGCCACCAAACCUGAUCCCGCAACCGACGCUUCAUCCCCGAUCCGUCCGGAUGGUCCUCAUGAGCUAACUCUGGAAUACGAGACCGUAAACGACCAGGAAUUGCUACUAACUUGCUUCCUCUGACUAACCCCAAUUCGUUUUUGAAUGGAACGAAUAGCUUAACUUGUUGCGCAUCUUAGUUUGUGGUAUGCAAGCUUUGCCUAACGGCGUUCGAAGUAUGGUCUGUGCUGGAUAUCUAUUCGAGCAGUUGAUGGAUACGCGAUAUUACUUGGGUCAAAAGUAAUGGGCCUUUAUUUAUCGGUUCAAUUUAAACCGCUAAAUAGACUCUUUUCGAGAGCCGACUUUUUAUACUAUUACGUCUCAAAUAGAGCAACUUUGCGUCUGCUCAGCGGUUUGAAUUAAACUGCUAGGUAGGGAUGGCAGUUUAUUGUUCACUGCUAUUGCACCGAUGAGUCGAAGACGAAACGCCAGAGCAAAAAUAAACAAAAUAAACGAACCUUUAAAGGGCAAAAUCUUCAAAGAAUUUUUUUUGAAUGUAUAUUUUGUCUAGUAAGUACAAAACAAAUAUAUGUGGAACACAAAAAAACUACAAGGAUUAGUCCUAUAGGGUUGUUCGAGCUCGUUUUGUUGAACAAAGUAUCCAAAAUUUUGAAUGAUCGAUAUUUUUUAUUAAACAGUUCAAUCAAUCGCACGAGCAUCAAAUUUGAUCGAUACUUCUUCACAACGCACAGUUUUUAGUUUUUAAAUAAAAAAUCAAAAGAACGACGAGCACGCGUCUUGCAUUCGACGAAAUUAUAUAUGUAGCCGAAAGGUAUGCAAUUAUAUUUGUAGUGCUGUUCGGCUCAAGUGUUCGGGAUUUCGGUAUUUAAGGGACAAUUUACAAUCUAGAAAAACAACCAUUGCACAGUGGUCCAAAGCGGGAAAUUAGCGUGACAAAAAUAUUUUAACUAUUAAAUUUUAAUUUUUUGUAGUUGGCGUCUCCACAAAAGUUGUUUGUAAUCGAAGGGCGCUACUUUUGAUGAAAAAAGCUACUAGGAUGGUCCUUAUUUAGAUUGAAAUCUGAAAUCAAACUUUCUUAAUUGAACUCAAAAAUAAUUUUGUUGUGGUAGAAAAAAUUGUAAAAGUUUGUUGAAAAAAGCACCUCUGUAGCUUUUCAUUUGAUCGAGUUACAUCAAUUUUCCCGAGUGAAAGUAGGGUGGCACCUGAAAAAUCACUUUUUUUGUUCUAACUUUUUUGUGAAACGUUAUAUGGCAAAGUAGUCUUCAGAAGAGUUGUUGAACUAACUAUUGCGCACAAUUUUGUUAAACCAAGCUUUUUCAUAUGAGCUACCAGUAAAAAGUUAUGAUUGUUUUUUUUUAUCAAAAACCAGUCAACAUUCAAACAUCAAUAUUCAUUAGAUGCCAGAUCGAUAAAAAUGUAUCCUAUGCGGUUUCUCAAAGGUCAUAAUAUAAGUAAAAAUUUAAAAGAAAAUUUAAAGGGUGUUUAACUUAUUUAAAUAAUUUAAAUUUAAAUUGCUACUUGGACUUUCCGAGGAACUGUUGAAAUUCUUACACACAUUGAAAUCACUACUUGGAUAUCUGCUCUCUGUGAUAGAAACUUAACCACUUUCCGUAAAACUUGUGUUGCAUGCAUUUUUUUUGAUAGCGUCAUAUUUCACUUGCGAAUGUGUAACGUAGCGAUUCGUGGUCGCGCUGUUGCUUCUCUAGUCUACAAUGUUGUUGAAAAUGACAGUUUUUCGUUAUUGAACGAGUUCCCGUAAUUAAAAAUAGAAAUUAAUCUUGUGCAAAGAAAGUAAACGAAGUGACACUCUCAUCAGUACUUAGGUCGAAAUGAACGUUUUAUACAGAUAUUUCUUACAAUAGAAUGAGAGAGCGGCCUUCAAGUAAGGAUCAUGUAAGCAUUCGAAUUGGUUCAAGAUAAUGGAUGAAAGGUAAACCAGUCAUGAUAACUGAAAUAUUAAUUACAAAAUAAAAACAAAUUAAUUGUUCCUUCAGUUUGCAUUUUUAAUAUUUAGAAACACAUCUCAAUACAUUUCAAACAGUCGAAAUAAUCGAUUUUAAGUUGCUGGUGAUAGUUGAAAACUGAAAUGAGAACCGCCACCCUCUAUUUAUCAUUACGGUUGGAGAGUGUGUAAUCGAGUUGAUGUUUAUGCCUAUUCAUUCGCACUUGCUAACUACCCACAGUAAAGACAAGAAAUAAAAUGAAACAAGUAGACUACUUGACACUACCCUCUUAGAAAAAAACGUUCAACGGUGGUACUUCGUUGGUUCAAUACGUUGGAUCGUUGGUCCAAUGAAAGUCCAAUCAAUCGUGCAACGAGAGGCUAACACGGGACCUCCGUUUGCCGAUUUUGAAACAGACCGUUGAACCGACGACACGACCUGCCACUCGCUUUUAAAACUGUAUCGUAAAUCGAGCUACCCCUCAGUAACUGGUAAUGUCAAAAUGGAAUCGCUUGAAAAAAUGUUGGAACUGGCAACACAAGUUGGUAAAUUAUUGAUUUUGAAAAACAGUUACCAGUAGCCUUGGUAACCACAAAAUCACUUCCGGUGAAACUCUCAACGGGUGAGCACGUUGCAUCGUGUUAGUCCGGGGAAAAUUCGAGUAUUUCGCAAGAAAGAAAGGAUUUUCAGCCGUACUUUGACGAUUCGACGCAGCCACACAGCGAGAUUUUCGCUUGUAGUCAAGUGAAAAGAAAGUCCACUGGACUAUAAACGAAAAUUAACUGGCAAUAUAGCCUUAGUUGCUGUGCCAUCAAUUCGGCGUCAUCUCAAGUGAGGUGACGCCAACCAGAAAGGAAGAAGAAGAAGAACCACAAAAUAAAUGUAAACAAAAACAAGAGAUUCUCACUGAGUGUAGUUGGCCCGCUGGCAGGUAUUAAAUUUAUUCUUUCAGAGAUCUGCCAUAGCUGCAUAAUCUGCAGCUUGGCAGUUGCAUAAUCUUCAGCUUUGCAGCUGGCGCGUUGUAUUCUCGACACUUUUGGAGUACUUCUCUCAUAACGAAUAUGUAAUCCGUAGUGACAUACCGUACCGGCAACGCAAAUUAUUCACUACUAAAAAUUUGAUUUUGAUUGUUUAAGGCAAUAAAAAACUUCUCGUGUGUUAUCUUCAGGGGGAAUAUAUUCAUUUAACUAAGCAAAAAAUUUAAAACUAGUCCACCAAGUCGAUUGAAUGUAGAUUUUUUGAUAACUCGCUCCAGGCGACUUGUAACUUCACUAGUAAUGAUACUAACCGAAUAAUCUUCAGCUUUGCAGCUGGCGCGUUGUAUUCUCGACACUUUUGGAGUACUUCUCUCAUAACGAAUAUGUAAUCCGUAGUGACAUACCGUACCGGCAACGCAAAUUAUUCACUACUAAAAAUUUGAUUUUGAUUGUUUAAGGCAAUAAAAAACUUCUCGUGUGUUAUCUUCAGGGGGAAUAUAUUCAUUUAACUAAGCAAAAAAUUUAAAACUAGUCCACCAAGUCGAUUGAAUGUAGAUUUUUUGAUAACUCGCUCCAGGCGACUUGUAACUUCACUAGUAAUGAUACUAACCGAAUAAUCAUAAUCCAUCAUAAUUUCUUGGUGUGAGGGCAGUUUUGAACGCCGUUAAUAAGGCGUCGACUUGCACUGUAAGGCAUUAUAUAAAUGUUUCCCCAGCUUCAUACGAUGCCAACUCUUCCUCAGCGAGGUUGUGAUUGUGUUUGAUAAAUUGGUCAACCCACGGAUGCAAACGAGAUUUAAAAAAAAUUUGCACGUGCCUGUUCAACGUCACUAGUUUGUAAUCGCCCUUGCUGGAUUGAACUUUGAAGUGCCGAUUGGGCUAGAUCUAUGUAACCGGUAGGGUAACCAGAUUUCAGAGGUGAUUUCAAAACAUUUAUGAAGUCUAGUUCCAAGCAACUAGCAGCGUUAUUAACAACAGCACACACUCCGUCUAGUGAUUGCGUUCCACGUUCCACGUUCCACGUCGAAUGCAUUUCCGAAUAAUGAAAAAUAUAUCAUCCAACAUGAUGGAGCAUUGCUGCCCCGUUUCAAUGCUGUACAAAAUUAUCGCUUUCAGGACGCUUUUUUGCCAUGAAAUAACGCUCUAAAAGUAAAUAUGUCCCAAGAAUUUCCUGCAUUUGCGUACUCAAUCGGGACUUUUCAAUCAACUCAUUUAAAGUUUUUAGCUUUGUUUCCUAAGUAUUUGGUUCCAGAGAACUUUUUUCAAGGUCGAACUGAAAACACAAAGCGAUUAGAAAUUCAUUUAUACGAAUUAUAAUAUCAUUUACACUCACCAAGCAUCGGCG